GUUAUAUCUACAGCUGUGUUUACAUUGAAGCAAGAUUGAACAAAGUUGGUGCUUGAAACUACAUAGUAAAAUUACGAGCGUUUAUCAUGAAUAUUUUACCAAAGAAGAGAUGGCAUGUUCGAACAAAGGAUAAUAUUGCAAGAGUAAGAAGAGAUGAAGCAAAAGCAGCAGCAGAAGAAAAAUCCAAACAAGAAAGGAUACAAUUAGCUGAGAGGGAAGCAAGAACCAAGCUAUUGAGAGAAAGAGCCCACAAAAGAGUCCACACAGAUGAUUUUAUGCCAUAUGAUUCUUCAUGUCCUGCACCCGAUGACAAACCAACUAAUGUUAACUUGUUUUUGGACCUUGAAGAGCAAACAGCAGAACUUAAACAAACAAACAAAGAACAUGAAAAGGAAAAGAAAGAAGAGCAAGAAAAAUAUGAGAAACAAAUUGGAUAUCUGCAGUACUUAGGUCAAGAUACCAAUGAAGCACUUGGUAAGAAGAAUUGGUAUGAUGUAGCCCCAAAUAGACUUGAACCACAAGAUAAAAAGGAGGAAGUAAAUUUGAAAUCAAAAAGUCUAGAAGAUCCAUUAGUUGUGAUUCAAAAGUUAUUGGACAAUAAAAAUAAGCAUGAUAAAAAACCAAUUGCAAAUGUAAAAACACUUGAUGGUAAAAAGAAGGCUGAGAAAUUGUUGGCUGAUAAAGAACUUGCACAGAAAUCUUUAACCAAACUUUGUUCUAAAAUUAAAAAGUGUAAGAAGAAGCAUAAGAAAAAGAAAAGUAAAAAAUACAAGAAAGAAAAGAGGAAAUACGAAUCUAGUGAUGAUUCUGAGGAUACAGAGAAAUUGGAAAAAGAAGCAAGACUGAAAUUGCUUCGUGAAGAGAGAUUAAGUCGGGAGAGGGAAGAAAGAAAGCGCGCUGAAGCUGUGAUGACCAAGCUAAAAGAAAAACAACUGGGAAUCACGAAACCGCCGGAAGCACAACCCACGCAACAAAGAUACCAUUCUCAGUUUAACCCUGAAUUAGCAAAACAAAAUUCUAGUCCACCAAAGAUCAAGAGAGCUCAUCAUUGAUAUGAAAAUAUUUAAUUUCCAUCUUGUGUAAAAGGUCCGGUAUAAAAUUGUAAAUUAAUAUUGUAGAUUUAAAUCCA